AUGAAUGCUUAUUCAAAGCCACCUCUGGCAGCCUUCCACUUCUUUCCCCAUCUUCCUACGGAACUACGUCUUAAAAUUUACGAACACAUACUUUCCCUCUCCCACGCUAGUCACAGUUCGACCCGGAUCUUGAAGAUCUCCUUCUCGCCGUCACUCGGCUGCUACGUUUCAAACACGCCACCUCCAAUCACUCUUGCCAUAAGUCCCGAAUCGAGACUCUUCACGUUAUCAACUCAUUCAUACCUCUCGUUGGGACCUUUACCGAAAUUCUUGAAACCACUUCUGCCAACUGUCUCUUCAUCUUCGUCAAUUUCACCAUAUCCCAAGGAUCUCUACGGCCUACCCAUCCCCAUCGCCUACACAACAGACAUUCUCUACCUCUCAUCACUCUCACCCCUCCUCUCCACGCACCUCCACAGUAUCCUCUACCACUUCUCCACUUCACCCUCACGGCAUCUGAUCCAACACCUCGCCAUAGACUUUCGUGUCUGGGCCGAGCUAUGCGAGAACGGUUUCUUGGGUAUCGUGAGUAGGAUGAAGGCGUUGAGAGAGGUGGAUCUCGUGGUGGAAUUUGGGAGAGCGUUUGAUGGCGAAGUUGGGUUCCUGGAGUGUCCGGCUUGGAGGAGGGAUCUGAAGUGGGUUGCCGAGGGGGCAGAGAGAGGGGUUCAGGAGGAGAGGAGGAGGGUGGUGCGGACGAGGAGAGAUGGGAUCGGGGCUGGGUCUGGAGGAUUGGGUGAUGUGAGGGUUAGGUGUGUGAUUUUGACAAGAGGUGGAGAGCAGAGCUGA